CGCCUCGAACGCACGAGCUCCGAACCGCCUCGCCGCCGGCCACUGCGGCGGCCGCACCACGCCGCAUGCCGCCGGCGCCUCUGCCACCGGAGCUCCACCGGGUGCUCUCCCUGCUCCCCCGCCUCGCCUCCCGGCGCCACCUCCUCCAGGCGCACGCGCACCUCCUCCCCCGCGGCGGCCACCGCCACGCGCGCCUCGUCUCCGCGCUCCUCCUCGCCUCCCUCCGCCUCCCGCUCCGGGACCACGCGGUCGCGCUCGCGCGACGCGUCCACCCCUCGGUGUCCGUCAGGGCCGCCGCGCGCCUCCGGGGCGGAGGAGUCGGGCUCGUCCCGCAGCUUCACUCCCUGCUCCUCCGCGCGGGCCUCGCCGCCGACCCGCACGCCGCGGCCAGCCUCAUCCAGGCCUACUGUUGCCUCGGAGGGGUUGGCUCCGCUCGGAGGGUGUUCGAUGAGACGGCUGCCUCCGGGGACGUCGUUUCCUGGAACGUCAUGAUCGAUGGGUAUGUGAAGUCUGGUGACCUGGCUCGUGCGCGUGAACUGUUCGAUGUUAUGCCGGAGAGGAACGUGGUAUCGUGGACGACGGUGAUCGGGGCAUACGCGCAGAUGAAGCAGCCGGAGGAGGCAAUCGAGGUGUUCCGAAGGAUGCAGGUGGAGGGGAUCGAACCAGAUGGGGUGGCACUGCUGUCGGUGCUCUCAGCAUGCGGCGAUCUGGGCAUGGUUGAUUUAGGGGAAUGGGUGCACAUGUUUGUGCUGCGGCAGAGGUUAUGCCGGGAGAUAAAGCUGAUGAAUGCAAUCAUCGACAUGUAUGUGAAAUGUGGGAGUGUCAAGAAAGCGGUGGAAGUGUUUGAGGGCAUGGAACAGAAGAGUAUAGUUACUUGGACUACGAUGAUUGCUGGAUUUGCAUUGCACGGCCUUGGUUUGGAAGCUGUGGGGUUAUUUCGCCGGAUGGAGAGGGAGAAUGUGUCACCAAAUGAUGUCACUUUUCUCGCAGUCCUAUCUGCAUGUAGCCACGUUGGACUGAUUGAUUUGGGCCGCUGGUACUUCAGAACUAUGGUGUCUCAGUACAAGAUUAAGCCACGAGUUGAGCAUUAUGGAUGCAUGAUUGAUCUACUUGGCCGUGCAGGUUGUUUGAUGGAAGCUCGUGGUUUAGUUCAUGACAUGCCUUUCAAGGCAAAUGCAGCAAUAUGGGGAGCUCUUCUUGCUGCUGCUCGCACACAUGGUGAUGCAAAGCUUGGAGAACAAGCCUUGUUACAUCUAAUUGAGCUCGAGCCUCAUAACAGUGGGAAUUAUAUUCUUCUAUCUAACAUCUAUGCAGAACAGGAGAGGUGGGAUGCUGUGAGAGAACUUCGAGUAUCAAUGAGAGAUAGAGGAUUAAGGAAUGUGCCAGGGGCAAGUUCUAUUGAUGUUGAUGGCAUGGUUCAUGAGUUCACUUCCAGAGAUGGAUCUCAUCCUUCCUUGCAUAAGAUGUGUGAAGUUCUUCGUGCAAUCAAUACUAACAUAAAAUCUGUUGGUCAGAUCACGGUGCUCCCUGAAAGUCUGCAUAACGUUGAAGAAGGGUAAGAUGCAUAUAAUCUAGUAAAAGCAUUGUUCCAUCACAUGCCAACUUGCCAACUGUGCACAAUUGAAGUUCUGGUGAGAUUGAUGGCAGUUCACAAGUCCUACUAUUCACCCCAUCCUUCCUUCCAGUCAGACUCAAGAAGACUGAUACAGAAAGUACCUGAUGCUAUGCUUUAUACUGAAUCAAUUUAUUCUGCAAAACAAAAGUGAAAGCAAUUGGCAAUUCCUUGAUGGUAAAAUGGAUUCGAUGGUUAUGCUCAAUAUUCCAGGAAGUACUUAUUUGUAUUGGAGAAGGACAGAAUUCUUUGGUACACUCAGAAAGAGUCGUAUCUGUAUUGUGUAAUAACUGAUAAGUGAACAUAGCUGGAAAUUUACAAAUGGUUUUAAGGGAGUAGUUGUUGGCCAAGUGAUUGCAUGUGUGAGGUUGAAACUCAAGAGCUGAUUCUUGUUGACUAGUUUUUUCAUGAGGUUUAGUCUUCUUAGGAUCAAAGUUGACCAAGCCUUUGUUCUUCAGUUCAAGGCGAAUGCUUCUUACUCUUGUUGCAAAACCCAAGGUGCAAAUUGUCUCACAUAAAUCACCCUCAUUG